AUGAACUCUCGGCUAGAGAUCCGGCAAGCAGUGCCCCAUGCGCUCAGGAAUGGCUGUUACCUGGGGACAUCCUCCCGGCGUGGCUCAGACACCCCUUCCACUGACUUGCUUCCUUUGCUGUUCCUUUCCCAGUCUUCAGUAUGCUCCAAGAUCGUCCAGCUGCUGGGCCAGAACGAGGUGGACUACCGCCAGAAGCAGGUGGUGAUUGUGAGCCAAGACAGCUUCUACCGGGUCCUCACCUCAGAGCAGAAAUCUAAAGCGCUCAAAGGCCAGUUCAAUUUUGACCACCCAGAUGCCUUUGACAACGAGCUGAUCGUGAAAACGCUCAAAGAGAUCACGGAAGGGAAGACGGUCCAGAUUCCUGUCUAUGACUUUGUCUCCCACUCCAGGAAAGAGGAGACGGUGACUGUCUACCCUGCCGACGUGGUGCUCUUCGAAGGCAUCCUGGCCUUCUACAGCCAGGAGGUGCGGGAUCUCUUCCGCAUGAAGCUCUUUGUGGACACGGACGCAGACACCCGGCUGUCCCGCAGAGUGCUACGAGACAUCAGUGAGCGAGGCAGGGACCUCGAGCAGAUCUUAUCUCAGUACAUCACCUUUGUCAAGCCUGCCUUCGAGGAGUUCUGUUUGCCAGUAAGUAAGGGGAGUGACACCCAUAGGAGUCUGCCAAAAAUGCCUCAUACCCUGCCCAGCUCCUCAGACAGGAGCAUUUUGUGCCCCAGAGCUCAG